AUGCACUUCCUCACCCUCACCACCCUCCUCGCCACUGCGAGCGCCGUCCCAACGCUCUACCAGCGCAGCCCUGUUGGCCACGCCGAACCCAUCCUGAUUACCGACUACAGCGUGCGCAAGACAAACGGUACAAUCCAGAAUGUCAACUUCCACAUCCACGGCUUCCAGGCCCGCAAUGUGUCCUGCGCUGCUGGCCCCAUCCUCUCGCUUCCCAGCGAGGCUGUCACCUGCGGAGCCAGCAACUACAGGUUUGUCCUGUCUCCAUUGAACGGCACGGAUCCCAACCAGUAUGACCUGAGCGUUUACCACCAGACAGGUUUUGCCUCUGGCAAGUACGCCACUGGCACCGUUCCUACCUACUGUGUUGCUGGCGGUCUCGGACCCCAGGAUUUGCAGUGCAACCAGAUUCGCCAGCUUGGUCCUUACAAGCUUACUCUUCGCUCCUAG